CCUGUUUUUUGUCAUUCGCUUAGCACAGCAAAUUAGCAUUCAGCUAACAUGUGUUAGGCUGUCAGUCUGGAAAAGCCCAGCACCCCGCACUCCCCCCAUUUCCCCCAUUUCCCAGUUAAGUGUGUCACAUUAAAUGAUACGCAACGCUUGACACCAAAAUGAGCGAAAGAAGUAAACUAAAACCGAAAGCCAAGGAAAUGGAGGAAAAUAGGGAAAAGGGCACAUGAGUAGAUGACGCUAGUCCGUACUUUAUUAAUGAGUUGCUGGGGUAAAAAUCAAUAGGGCAAAAUUUAAAUUGGGCAAACUGUUUUACAAAAGAAAACUUAAGGAGAUUGUGAAUUUAAUAUAUUAAUACAAUAUGUAAGAUAAAUACACAUUUGACUCUAAAUGUUACGUUCUUUUUGCAAUGCCAAUGUGCAUAUGCAAAUCAAGGGCCAAAAACGGAAGUUGAUUUCAAGUUUUUUUUUAGCCCGAGGGAAAGAAAAAAGAAAAGCGAAGGGAAAUGAAAGGAAAGGAAGGGGGAAAAGCAAAUAUAAGUUGACUCAAGACAAACAAACAAGCUGAGGGCAAGUCAAGAGGUGACAGGAAACAGGAGGCGGAACGUGCUCAAGUUCGGUAGACACAGAGACGAGGUGGACAAGUAGGCCCGACUCCACAGAUUGUGACACUACGAAAUCCGUUUCCCAGUCCCCAUUCCGAGUCAACCCUUCAAGCCGAGACAUUCGAUUUCGAAAUAUUCUGUGAAAGCCGUACAAGCCGGAUAAAAAACCCCUCCCGAAAUCACGCCAAAAUUCCCAGUUAAAACUGCGUGCAACGCAUCGAAGCGGAGAUUGCAAUUUAUUUAACUAAAACACUAGACAUACGAAAUUAUGAUGAAGUCCAAGCAGCGAUCGUCAACGAAAGGUGGCAAAACGCUGAAGUCUGUGCCGCUGGCCAAAGCAAAAGAUCCCAUCAUUUCCAGCAAGGUCAAGAAGAUACCAAAGAUACAGCAGAGAACCCUGAAGAUACAGCAGAAAACCUUGAAGAUACAGCCGAAAACCUUAAAGAUGCAGCAGAAAUCGUCGAAGCAGCAAACUUUGAAGAAGAUGCACCAGAAAUCCCUGAAGAAUCCUCUGAAGAAACCCAUGCGUCGUUCUCCACUGAUGCGUGCCGUCUUGCAACCCACGAUAAUGGGUGCGCAAAAGAAGAAGCCGCCGGCCAAGACGCAGGUGACCUUCAAGAAGUCCCAACGCCCACCGCAGGAUGCCCUGCAAUCCCUGGGCAUGUCCCGCAGGACCAAGCUGAUAGACGCCAGUCUGCAGAAGAAGGCCGGCACUCCGGUACUCUUUCUGGUCAAGGAAUCGAAGGCGCAGAAGAGCGCCAAGAAGAAGGCUUCAACUGGCGGCGGAAAGCAACCUGUGCUCCGCAUGGAUUCCCGCUGGAUGACCAGGAUCGAGUCCAGGGCCUCCGAGGGUGUGGACUUUUUCCACAACCUUGGCAUGCGGAUGCACCAGGCGAAGCCGAAGGAUCAACAAAUGCGACUACGUGGUGGUGCAGGAUUCGAGGGAAGAUUGGGAGGAGCAGGUGGAGGAGCAGGAGGAGCUGGAGGAGCAGGAGGAGCAGGAGGAGGAUCAGGAGGAGGUGGAGCAGCAGGAGGAUCUGGAGCAGUAGGAGCAGUAGCAGGCGCAGCCAGAAGACCAUAUAGAUCGGCUGGCGCUGCUCUGCCACCAGGAUCAGUGCAUCAGAGAACCAAUCCCGGCCUGUCGGCCAUCGUCGGUGGCUCCUCCGUGGGCCUGUCCGCCAAGGAUGUGGUGGUGCCGCUGACCAAUCGACUGCCCAUCAUCGACUUCAUCUCCACCAACGAGUUCCACAACAUGUAUGCGACUGCGAACCGGAAGCCCCAGACCCGGAGUUUUGUCCAUUGAUUUGGCGAUCGACGAGUGGCGAUUAUUUAGUGAAUAGUGACAAAAGGAUAUGAUUACUUGGCGAAUGGGAUUCGCGGCUCUACUUAUAUACAUGUUAUAUUUUCAAGUAUAAAUUAUCUGUGAAUUAGAAGGAUUUAUAUUUAUUGUCGUUAUUAUGAAAUAAAAAAGGAAAAAGGCUUUAAAGUAUA